AUGCCUAUGCCGACAUUGUGGAAGUGGUCGCCACGACCAGAACAAACACUAGAUGGCUCGCCGGCUUCGCAGAGCUCCUCGCGCUUCGGCGCCCUCCACUCCAACGUACGCUCCAUGAUCAACGGAUCCUCGAUAUACUCGCGCUCGCCCACUCUCGGCGGAGACGCGAGUCCCAAAACACCCUUCAUGGGCUUCUUUCGCCGCGACCACUCCCCACCCGCGCCCAUCGACGUCCAUGCCGCCAACGAGCCAUCUCGAGACUCGAGCGACUCCCGCUCGCCACUCCAUCCACAACAUACAGCAGGCUCCUACAUGCGGACUAUCGCGCCGCUCCAGCACCCACAGGAACCACCAACCGUGUAUCGCCGAAACUCAGAUGUGCCCGACCGCCACCCCGCAGACGUCCAGCUCGACUACCGAGGCAGCGUCGACCCCGAGACGGAGGUCCUCAGCGACGAAGUCCAGCAGCGCCGCCGCCGCCGCCGCCACAGGCGGAGGAAGCACUCGCACCCACGCAGCCAGCGCGCAUGGGUGCGUCGCAAGCACGAGAAGCGGGGCUGCAUGCCGUUCGUGCGCGGGUCCGCCGCGCGCGGGAAGCUCAUCGCGAGCAUGAUCUCAGGUCUUUUCCUCGCGACCGUGUUGGCAGUGUACCUCGUCCUCGCCCUCACGCGCCACGAUCUCGGGCAGGAAGUCCACGUCCUCUUCAUCAUGAUCGUGCUCGGCACCACCAUCUUCUUCUGCCAUUCGCUGAUCCGGUUAUGCAUGCUGAUUCUGCACCCGCCCGUGGAGGACCCGGAUCGGCCGAGCAUCCCCAAUAUGAGCGCGCCGGAAGGCUUCGUACCCGUGCGCCCGAUCCGCGUGCAUCUCGCGCGCGACGAGGAGCUCGCGGAUGCGUAUGCGUCGUCUGACGAUGAGGAAGCCGGGGAUGAGCGCAGGGACAGAGAAGCUACCGCGGACGCAGAGAAAGGACCCAAGCUGCCACCGCCGGCCUACGGCCUCUGGCGCAGCAGCGUGCGCGUCGACCCGAAUCUGCUGCACUGGCAGCGCGUCGAGUCAUCUUCUGCACCGCCUCAGAUCCCCGGCCGCGACUCACGAGGCUCGUCGCACACCGCGAGCAGGGCUGGGAGCGUGUCCGGUGCUGCUGUGGAGGCACCGCGGCCGCCGUCGUACAUGUCGGACGACGGCGUGGGCUACGCUGUCGAUGCGGCGCCGAGGAGUGUCGCGCCAAGCCACUCGGGUGUGAGUGAUAUCCAUCCUGCAUGGCGGCCGGGGUAUGCGGUCAGUGAGGUGCCGACGGAGUGGCCGCGGGGGGGUCGCGCGUGA